AUGCCCGGCAGCUCCCGCAUUCCCGCAAGCCUGCGCGAGGGCUUGCAGCACGUCAAGCGCACGAGACAGGCCAAUCCGUUGCUAGUUCUCAACAUCGACUUGCUGCGAAACAUCAUCUUUUUCCUCUUCGUCUGGCGAUGGACGCGCAAGACUUUCCUCAAACUCAAGGGUCGUGGCCUGAUAGGCAGCAUCGUCGAGCUAUACAUUGACAUACGUCGCGUUCUUUAUGGCUAUUUCCUGCGCGCCCCUGGCGUCCGCGGACAAGUCCAGAAGCAGGUCAACGAGACCAUGGCGAAGCUGCAGCAAAAGAUGAUCCCCAAGGACCUCACCCGAUACCUCACGCUUCCGAAGGAGGGCAUGUCAGACGAGGAUAUCAAGAAAGAGUUGGAUGCGCUGGCCAACCUGGAUCACACGAGGUGGGAGGAUGGAUAUGUAUCUGGUGCCGUCUACCACGGCGAGGACGAGUUGUUGAAGCUGCAGACCGAGGCUUUCGGCAAGUUCACAGUCGCCAACCCCAUCCAUCCUGACGUCUUCCCUGGCGUGCGAAAGAUGGAGGCCGAGGUUGUGUCUAUGGUCCUCGCCAUGUUCAACGCCCCUCCCGGUGCUGCCGGUGCCACCACCAGUGGUGGUACUGACAGUAUCUUGUCGGCUUGCUUGGGCGCGCGCCAACGUGGAUACUUCGAGAAGGGUAUCACCGAGCCUGAGAUGAUUUUGCCCGAAACCGCCCACACUGCCUUCCGAAAGGCUGGCGACUACUUCAAGAUCAAAAUCCACUACGUUGCCUGCCCCGCGCCUAACUAUCAAGUCGAUGUGCGCGCCGUCUCCCGUUUGAUCAACAGCAACACGGUGCUGCUGGUUGGAUCUGCACCAAACUUCCCCCACGGUAUCAUCGAUGACAUUGGCGCUCUGUCCAAACUAGCCUUCAAAAAGAAGCUUUGCCUGCACGUCGAUUGCUGCCUCGGCUCCUUCAUGGUACCCUUCCUCGACAAGGCCGGUUUCGAGACCGAGUUGUUUGACUUCCGUCUCAAGGGCGUGACCAGUAUUAGCUGCGACACUCACAAAUAUGGUUUCGCUCCCAAGGGCAACUCUACCGUCCUCUACAGGUCAGCGGAGCUCCGUAAGUACCAAUACUACGUUUCACCGGAUUGGUCUGGCGGCGUCUAUGGUUCUCCUGGUAUGGCCGGCUCGCGUCCAGGUGCUUUGAUUGCUGGUUGCUGGGCCAGCUUGAUGAAGGUCGGUGAGGCAGGUUACAUCGAGGCCUGUGUCAAGAUCGUCGGAACAGCCAAGAAAAUUGUUGAGAAGAUUCGUGAGACUCCGGCUCUGGACAACGAACUCGAAAUUCUCGGCAAGCCUCUUGUUUCCGUUGUCGCCUUCACCGCCAAGAACCUGAACGUUUACGAUAUUGCCGACGGCAUGUCUGAGAAGGGCUGGCAUUUGAAUGCCCUGCAAAACCCUCCGGCUAUCCACGUCGCUGUUACUCUGCCCAUUACCAAAGUUUACGAGAAGCUUCUCACGGAUCUGGAGGCCGUCGUCGAGGCGGAGAAGGAGAAGGAGAGAGUGCGCGCAGUUGAGGGCAAGGGAGUUAAGGGCAAGGCUGUCGGCGACUCGGCUGCUCUCUACGGAGUUGCUGGAUCUUUGCCGAACAAGAGCGUGGUUGUCGACUUGGCAAAUGGCUUCUUGGACCUGUUGUACAAAGCAUAA